AGUUAGGCGAUUAUUUUAACAGGGUGACGAGUUGGGAUAUUUCCGACAGCCCCCGAAGGUGGCAGCGUGUUGUGACCUUCCUCCACCAGUAGAUGGCGUUCGUGCUCAGCCUGAUUCGCUGCACUGAGACCGCUGAGUCACACAUAUAUUUAGCUAGACCCGGGCAGGUAUAUAGAUACUGUGCGAUAAUAAGAGCGGCUACAGUUUAUAAUUUGGAGUGAGUGCACCGUUUUUGACCCCAGCAGCCUUUGACACCGCGUCGAAAGAUGCUGACGAUAACACUGAAGACCCUCCAACAGCAGACGUUCAAAAUAGAAAUAGACCCAGAGUUGACGGUGGAAGCCCUGAAGGAGAAAAUUGAGAAAGACCGAGGAAAAGAUGCAUUUCCUGCUGCAGGACAAAAACUAAUUUAUGCAGGCAAAAUCUUAAAUGAUGACAUCCCGCUGAAAGAGUACAAAAUUGAUGAGAAAAACUUUGUGGUGGUCAUGGUUACCAAGCCUAAACAAGCCCCUCCUCCACAAGCAGUCUCCCAGCCAACUCCCCAACCGGCUGCUGCUCCAGCUCCACCCUCAGCGUCAGGCCCAGCUCCAGACUCUGGCUCAACACAAGUGCCUUCAACUCCAACACAUACAGUGUCGGCACCCACACCUGCCCCACAGCCAGUGCCUCCCUCCAAAUCCCAGCCAGCAGUCCCAGAAGACGCCCCCCUUGCUUCGGUUGAAACCACUGCAGCCCUGGAGUCAGACACAGCCCCAGAGUCAGCUCCAGCUCCAGCUCCAGCCUCAGCCUCAGAUGCUGCUCCAGCCUGUGCACCAGCUUCUGCUUCUGAAGCUGUCCAGACAGACAUUGCCCCGGGCCCCGUAGACUGCCCCACCCCUACCGCCCAGCCAGAAGAGAAGCCAAGGGAAGACUCUGGGGAUGAACCAUGUGCCACUGCAGAAGUCCACUCCACGGUUUCAAGCCUCGUUGAUGAACUGGGCCUCCUUGAAGAAGCUGCAUCAAUACUAGUGACAGGUCCAGCCUAUGAGAACCUGGUGUCAGAGAUCAUGUCUAUGGGUUAUGAGCGGGAGCAGGUAGUCGCUGCACUCAGAGCUAGUUACAACAACCCAGACCGAGCAGUGGAGUAUUUACUCAUGGGUAUACCAGCAGAGGCCAGUGAUCUGCCACUUCAGGAGCCAGUUAGACACAGCGCUCCAUCCAACCCCCCCACCCCUGCCACACAAGAACCAGCGCAGCCCCCAGCAGUGGCUAACACAGGGCCGGUGUCUGGCAGCCAGCCUCCCUCUGCUGGGGGAGGCUCUGUCUCCACCGGGAAUCCUCUGGAGUUCCUGAGAGACCAGCCUCAGUUCCAGCAGAUGAGACAGAUCAUCCAGCAGAACCCGGCCCUGCUACCAGCCCUGCUGCAGCAGCUCGGCACAGACAACCCGCAGCUCCUGCAGCAGAUCACGCAGCACCAGCAGCGUUUUGUGCAAAUGCUGAAUGAGCCACAAGGUGAAGACGGAGGAAGGGUGGGGGCCGUGGCCCCAGGGUCCCCCCACACUAACCUCAUCCAGGUCACGGCGCAGGAGAAGGAGGCCAUCGAGAGGUUAAAAGCGCUGGGUUUCCCUGAAGGCUUAGUCAUCCAGGCUUACUUCGCCUGCGAGAAGAACGAGAAUCUCGCUGCUAACUUCCUGCUACAGCAAACGUGGGAUGAUGAGUAACCAGAGCUCAGCUGAAGUAUCACCGUUCAACAGAGGACCGCAGAGUAGAUGACAGCCCUGCUCAAGUCCACCGGAGAGAAACAAGAACAGGAGAUGAAGAGGAUAUUUUUUCCACACAUGUGACUGUAGUCUGAUGACGGGGCUGAUGGUAAUGAUGACAACAUGCUGUUCAAAGUGCUGCCUGCCCUCCAUGCAGCUGUGAUGAAUAUCAAAGCAGCUCAAACUGAGCUGUGUCUCACUGCUGCUAUCAUUUCUGCUACCGCUUGUGCCAACUGAUGACACUGAGAAAAGUCAUGCCAGGAAACAUGCCAACAGUCUGCAUCACCUUCACAGGCCAACAGGCUUUGAUUUGAUAGGUCUUUGCCAGUAGAAUGUGUUAAACAUAUACUACUGUACAUAGAAAGUGUAUGGCAUUAAUUUAUGCAUAAAAAAUGUUUGCAAGCUGUCUGUUUUGGGUUUACCUGGAAGCGUGAUGCAAAUUGUUGACAUUAUUGUUUGAGAGCUAGCAUUGCUAUUUAUUCAAAUUCAGGUUUGAUCAUUAGUUUAUUCUGCUUCUUUCAUCCUUGGAAAAAAUCCCAAACACUCAAUAUCUCAGACCUCUUAUAGCACAAAUGAUGGUGGUGUAUUUUGUUUGUUUUUUUUGUUCAAAUUUGGUUCUGUCCAUGGAAAAUGACAUCUCCAAGGUGAUGAAAAUGCUUGCAGAUGUAUUUGAAACUUUGCUGGUCAUUCAUGCCAGAAUACGGAACAAAUGUCAGGAAUGGGAAGUAAAAAAAUAUUAGAUAAGAUAAUAACUUUUGUCUUAAAAAAUAACACCAUCUUGUUAACAUUUUGUUUUUUACCCAUCGACAAGUCAAAAGGAAAGAAAAAGGACAUUUAAUAAUAUAGUAUUUGAUAAUUUUGACUUCGUAUGUAAUACAUUCACUCAGAAUAGAAUGUAGACUUUGAUCUUGAAAUCCUUAUUAUUUUGACUCAUGAGUAUAUAUAUUUAUUUUGAUGUUUAUUAUUCCCAACAUAUUUGUGCACUCCAAGUAUGUUCUGAUUACUAGUCAAGAUUAUGUGUGCUGUGUUUUUUUGUUUUAUUUUGUGGGUGCACACCCAGAUGCAGCUUGAAUUGUCAUUCUGUUCCAACUAUGGAGGGUUUGUCUUUUUGUUUUGUUUUUCAGUUUCAAGGUUGAUUAUGAAUGGUCACAUUGCAUGGUUGCUGAGCUAAAAAUUU